AUGACUUAUUGUACACCGUACCUUCUCCAGCUCGGGUUGACAAAAUCGAAGACGUCGCUGGUGUGGAUUGCUGGACCGAUCUCUGGCCUGAUUGUCCAGCCUUUGAUUGGUGUUAUUGCGGAUCGAUCGCGCUCCAGAUAUGGGCGGCGGAGGCCGUUCAUGGUUAUUGGGUCUUUUGUUGUGGCAUUGUCGCUCCUCCUUCUGGGUUGGACGACGGAGAUUGUUACAUGUUUCAUCUCAGAUCCGGAGAAGGCUAAAAAUGUCACGAUUGCUUUGGCUGUUCUAAGUAUAUACGCUGUGGAUUUCUCGAUAAACGUUGUGCAAGCGUGUUCUCGCAGUUUAAUUGUGGAUACAUUGCCGAUCCCUUCGCAACAAGAGGGAUCUGCUUGGGCUGGGCGGAUGUGUGCCAUUGGUCAACUUAUUAGUUAUGUGGUCGGCGCCAUUGACAUGGUGAGCAUUUUCGGAAGCUUCUUUGGUGAUACACAGUUCAAGCAGAUGACGGUCUUCGCUGCCCUCUCUUUAAUCGGCACGGUGGCCGUCACCUCUUACUCUGUGAAAGAACGUGUUCUGAUUUCAGCGAGAGGCUCCGAGGGCCAGGCUGGUGCUAUUCAAGUGAUACAGCAGCUCUUCAAGACAACGCUUGAGCUCCCACCCCGAAUUCAGGCUAUCUGCUGGGCUCAGUUUUGGGCAUGGAUUGGAUGGUUCCCGUUCCUUUUCUACAGUACCACAUGGGUUGGCGAAACAUACUUCCGCUAUGAGGUACCCAAGGAUGAUUUAGCCAAGGCGACCGAUAUGCUCGGCGAGGUUGGCCGUGUUGGAAGUCUCUCGCUCACCGUGUUCUCAUCCAUCACAUUCCUCAGCUCCGUCCUGCUUCCAUUCUGUAUACUGUCGCCUGACUCCAAGCGAUCUCGAUUCACACCUCGGCCUUCUGUCCGCGUGGCAGCCGUCCUCAAAGCUAUGAAAGCUUUCAGACCAGAUCUUCAAACAGCUUGGAUGAUCUCACAUGUCGUGUUUGCCGCUACCAUGAUCUUUGCGCCCCUCGCACACUCUCGCGCAUUCGCAACUUUGCUGGUCGCUGUCUGUGGUAUUCCCUAUGCAAUCACGCCUGGCAUCGCAGCCUCGUCCACCAGAUCUGGUGUUACCAUGAUCACAUCCGCCAGCCUGCGCGCCAACGCAGCCGCAGACACGGAGCUGGAGGUCCUCCGACUGAACCACCGAGACGAAGACAGCGACAUGGAUGAAGAAGAACAAGACUCCAGCAUCCCAUCAACAGGCGAGUUGGCGGGAAUCUACCUUGGUGUGCUGAAUGUAUACACUACCCUGCCACAAUUUGUUGGUACACUUCUCAGCUGGAUCGUAUUUACCAUUCUCGAACCGGCUGCAAAGCCCAGCAAGGAUGGCGAAGGUCCGGAUACGCAGUGGAUGAACCUUGACAAGGAGAGGCCGAAUGCUAUUGCGAUCUGCCUCUUCAUCGGCGCAAUCAGUGCCCUCGUUGCAGCGGAAGCGACGAGGCGAUUACGCUAUGUUUUAUGA